CAUAACACGUGACCUCAAAGUGUUUACUAAAUUCAAAGGCUUUCAAUCAAAGCAUUCAUUGCUUUGUUUUUUUUGACGACAACUUUCAAAGUCGUCUUUCGUUAAGACCUAUCACUACUGUAGAAGAAUAUUUGAUUUCUCUUUUGUUAUGCUUUCGCUAAAGAAGUUACCACUGGUUGUUGAUAUUUUCAGAGGAAAUGGUGGCAAACAAUACAAAUAUUUUACAACAAAUGUUUUAAAUGACAAAUCACUGCUUUGUCAUCGCCGGCGGCGGCGAUCAUCGCAAGCAAGAUGUUUGCAUCAAUUGAUUCCAGCAUUGAAUAAUCAGUUAGUGAAGACAUCGAAGAAGAAAUCAAAUGUCGGCAUCACUUGUAUAACGAGACAAUUGGCAACAACGACGACGACAACAACAACGAAGACCAUCAAAGCAAAGUCCAAAACAAAGACAGCACUGAAGAAUGAGGCGCAACAGAAAUUGGCACAAAUUAUGACCAAUUGUCCGAUCGAGUCGUUUCCGCUGUUGAAAGACAAACAAAUUUCUGCAAAACGUUUGGAAAAAGAUCUGAAAGAGUUUAUCAAAUGUAACAAACAGUGCGCCGAUCAUGACUUGGCUGACCAGACAUACUAUCCGAGUGUCAGUACAAUCUUGAGCUCAACAAUGUCUCCGUCAUCUCUGAUAGCAUUGGACAAGUGGAAGAAACUGAAGAUCAGUCAAUUGGGCGAACAAGGAUUCAGAGACUAUCAGAGAAAUAUCUUGAACAGAGGCACACACUUUCAUCAUAAUAUUAAAACCUAUUUGGAUACCAAAGAUGAAUCAAUACUUAAUCUAACGGGUGAUAUUGAAAAACUAUGGCAAAGUUUGACUCCUAUUUUUACCGACAUCAAAAAAGUCGAGUUAUGUGAAACCCCAAUCUAUCACCCGUAUCUUUGCUACAAAGGUAUUGUCGAUUGUGUCGGUUAUUAUUCGGGAAAACUGAUGAUAAUUGAAUGGAAAACAUCGGAAAAGUUGAAACCAUCGCUGAAAGAUAUUUACGACAAUCCGUUACAAGCGGUCGCCUAUUUAGGUGCCAUUAAUUAUGAAACCGAUCAUCCAUUGGAUGUUAAAGAAGUGGUUCUGAUCUAUGCCUACGAAGACGGCACCCAUUGUCAGGUUCAUCAGCUCAGUAGCGAUCAAUGUCUUCGCUAUUGGCAACAGUGGUUAUCACGAGUGAAAGCAUUUUGGGAUUUAUUGGCCUUUAAACAGACCAUUAAAGCCAAUUAAUUUAAUAAAUAAUAUUUAUU